AAACCCCUUUUACCAUUGCAAAAAGUGCUAAAAAACAUGAAACCAAUAUUUUAGCUAAUGAGAAAUUAGCAUCUAGCAAUACGACUAGUUUGGAUAAUAUGAUUAGUUUAGAUGGAGAUCAAGUAAUUAGUUUAAGUGAGAAUAAUUCCGAUAAUGAAUUUUCAAGUGAUUAUGAAGAGCCCAAGCCAAAAGGUGUUCGGCUUUUAAAAGAAAAUCUUAAGUGGAAUCCUAUUUGGGAAAUAACUUAUCCUUGGUUACGUUUAGGCGAAAAAAAAGAAAAGUCUGCCUUGUUUUGUAAGCUUUGUGAAUCAGCAAAAUUGAAUAAUAAUUUCGUUACUGAUAAGUUACAAAUUAGCCUUGAAAUAGGCUUUACUAAUCAACUUGGAACUAGUCACUUAUCUGUUAUUCGGAAUUUAGUAAAUACUUAUUGGUUGGCAAAAAACCUUGUUGCAACAUCUAAAAUUACUGAUCUUACGUCUUUAACCAAAUAUCAUGUUAAGUGUACAGAAGAGAUACAUACUCCAUUAGAAAUUUAUACUCUUGAUCAUCUGUUAUUUAAAUUAUUAGAAGAAUCACAAUUCAUUGAUGCUAUUGGAAGAGUUAUCGAAGAGGCUGUUUGCCAAGAGAUUCAGGAGUCUCCU